AUGAACUCACCUAAACUUAAUGUUUGGUGUGCUAUGUCAAAAAAUAAAUUGUUAGGACCAUAUUUCUUUGAAGAUGAUACUGUUAAUGUGGCAAAUUAUUUAUUAAUGCUUGAAACGUUUUUUAUUCCAGAGAUUAGAAAAUUACACAAGUUUCGUUCAGCUAUAUUUCAACAGGAUGGAGCUUCUCCUCAUUUCUCUAUUGAUGUACGACGUUGUUUGAAUGAUCAUUUUCCUGGAAGGUGGAUUGGCAGAGGUGGUUCAAUUCGAUGGGCUCCACGGUCACCUGAUUUAACACCACUUGCCUUUUUUCUGUGGGGGUGA